AUGCCACGCCAGGGCCAGAAAAAAGGAGAUUGGGACGGUGCGUACAAGCCCGGUAAGGACGAAGAAGAUAUCGCCGAUAUGGAUAUCGAUGAAGCAAAACCCACCAAAGCAACGAUAAAACCAGCCAAAGUUACAAAGCCCUUCCAAAAAGGACUUUCUAAACAACAAACCCAGAAAGGAUCACUGAAAAGCACGCCCAAAGGAACUCCGAAAGGGACACCUCGCUCAACUCCCAACCUACCCGCAGCAGGCGCCUACAAAAAGCCAUCUGUGCCACCCACAGCAGGCAUCUACAAAAAGCCAUCUCCACCACCCAACACUAGCACUGCCGCCCCCUCUUCAACCACCAUCAAAAUACCUUCCCCUUCAGAUCCCUAUUUUUGCUGCCAUCGUCCACUCCCCCUCCCCUCUAGUUUCCCCUCUGCUCUCGAAAACUUCUACAGUUUCCUCGUGAAAUCUCUAACCACCAAAUUUCAUCCUCCACCUCUCGAAUCUAUCCCCCCAUCCACAACCUACUACCGAUUUUCCCACCUGAACUUAACAACAUAUACAGAAAUGCAUCGGUUUUUCCUGAGUCUCGAUCCACGCAAUGAGACAGAAGGGUCGUUCGUAGAGGGCAGCGAGGAAAAUGUAUUGGGGAAAGCUGGGGCACUGUAUGCACUAGAUGAAGAUGGCAAUGGGGAUCGCAAACAGGAUGUUAUGAUUUUGAGUCGUAAUGGGAGGUGUGAGAACCAUAUGAAAGAGGGGUUUUGGUAUGUUUUGAUGAGAGUGGAACAGGUUGUGGAAGUGAAGGAGAAUGUGGGAAUUGGGCUUGCGGAUGGGCUUGGGGAUGGGGCCCUGGAUGGGGUUGUGGGGGUGAAGAGGAAUGUGGGAAUCGGGCUUGGGGACGGGGUCGUGGAUGGGGUUGCGAAUGAGGUUGUAAAUGAGGUUGUGGAAAGGGUUGUGGAUGGGGAGGAGUUGGAUCAUGAGAUUGAUUUGGAUUUGUAUACGUAG